CUCACAACACUGUAAAAAGUUCCUCAGGCCUCCACUAUCCACUCCACAUCAUGAAGUUCUCAAUCACCGUUGCUCUUUCCAUGACCGUUGCCGCCUUGAUUAUAUUCACUCCCAAUGUUGAAGCUGCUCCAACUAACGCAGAGAAGGAGGCAAUCAGAGUCACUCUUGGACUUGGCGCGCCUGGGGGCGCUUUUCUUCUACUGCUUAACGCUAGCUCCCAGCAGCUCUUUGCUGGGCCUGAAUUUCAUCGAUACUUAACAGCAUCAUCACGACUUGACUUCCAAAUCUUUAAGACGCGAUUCGAGGAAGUGUGUGAGGCUUCAACUAAAGAGAGGUUCGAAGUUCUCUGGAAUAGGUUACUAGACGACAAUAAAGAGAUUCCAAAGGUUGGUUCUUAUCUGAAAAGUCUCUACAACCAGCAGUCUUACUGGGCAGGGCCUUGGAUCAAGUCGCCGUUCACAGCGGCACUCAGCAAGACUGUCGGAGACGAGCACUUCCGGGUCAAGCCGGAGUUGGCUAUGGAUAACCGCGAUAUCGCUGAGAGCAUGAUUGACAAGACGUUCCGACAAGUCCUGAAGUUGAACCGCAAGUAUUAA